AUGGGAGCACCAACGCUCCUUUUAGCCCUGACCCUACUCCCAGUCGCAGCUGCAGCAAGCCUGGAACCUCACUAUAUGGUGGUGUUCCCUGCUGUUAUUCACCACUCCCAACAGGAGAAGCUCUGCAUUCACCUCAGAUCUCUGACUGACGCUGUCCACCUGGCUGUCACCUUGCAGACAACAACCAAGAAUCACAUACUGGUGGAAAAGGAUGUGGAGAAGCCAGGAACUUUUCAGUGCAUCACCUUCCAGUCAGAAGUGGUGGUUUUUCUGCAUGUCCUGAUCCACAAUGGGGACAAUGUACACUUUGAAGGUCGCAAGAAAAUUCUGAUCAAGCCUCAGAAGAAUGUAAUUCUGGUAGAGACAGACAAGGGCUUAUACAAACCUGGAGAAACAGUGAAAUUUCGAAUUGUGAACCUUGAUGACAACCUCAAGGUGAUAAAAAAUGAGUAUUCCCAGAUAUGGUUGCAGGAUCCUGACUAUAACCGUAUUGGUGAGUGGCUGAAUGUAAAGUCAAGACAUGGCAUUGUGGAUCUAUCCUUCCCCCUGGCCUCUGAAGCACCCCUUGGGGAAUAUACCAUCUCAGUGGAACAAGGCAUGGCCGAAGAAAUCUUCUAUGUUGAUGAAUAUGUGCUGGUAAAAUUUGAAAUGAUGAUUGAGCGCCCUCCGUUUAUCACUACAGCGGAUGAGGAGUUUCAGCUGAAGAUCUGUGGCAAGUAUACCUAUGGGAAGCCAGUUCAAGGGGAAAUAAAUAUUUCUUUUACCACAUUAUCUGAGUCCUUGGAAGAUGAUAUAUCAAGCCCUAUUAAGAACAACAAGCAAAGCAGCUGGACAAACAAGAAUGGCUGUGCUACUUUUACAGUGAAGACAGAGACUCUGGAAUUAAACGAAACUGACAUCUACGUAACUGUGAUGGGAGAAAUGGUGGAAAAUAGUACAGGAGUAAAGAUUAAGAAAACAGAUGACAUUCCUAUUGCAACGAGAAUGAAGUCCAUAGACUUUAUCAACUUCCAUGUAUUCUACAAACGUGGACUGCCAUAUACGGGGAAGAUGUUCUGCCACAGUGACAAGUCUCCCCUCAGAAAUGAAACGGUCUACCUAAUAGUUGAUGUCGACGAGGUGCAGAAACACCUGUCAUUCCUCACAGAUGAGAAUGGGGAAGUCACUUUCUCACUGGAUACCACUAGCUGGAACAGCACAAUGGUUUCUCUGAGGGGUACCUACAACUUUGGAAAUUAUAAUGGUUCAUAUGAAAAUGUUGGAAGUCACACAGGAGUCGAGGAUAGCUUCUACUGGCUGAAACCUUUCUACUCUGAGAGCAACAGCUUCCUUGAGAUCAAGGCUAGGAAUGAUGCAAUGCCCUGUGAUCAGCAGCAAGAAAUUCAUGUGGAUUACAUCCUUGACCAGAAUAAACUUGGCUCUGAAGCAGAACACCUUGAUUUCUACUACUUGGUGAUAUCAAAAGGCAAGAUCCUUUCCAGUGGAGAGAAGCAGGUGCCAAUUACCCAGCGUGAGAAUCUACAGGGCUCCUUCUCCUUAACUCUGACUGUUGGCAAUGACUUUGUGCCUGACAUCAAGCUUCUACUGUAUGCAGUCUUCUUGGAUGGAGAGGUGGUGGCUGAUGUGGAAGACUUUCAAGUAGAAAUGUGCUUUAGACACAAAGUGUCACUGAACUUCUCACAGAAGGAGGAAGUCCCAGGAUCAAAAGUCAGUCUGGACCUCAAGGCUGCUCCAGGGUCCUUGUGCUCUGUCCGAGCUGUUGACAAGAGUGUCCACCUGAAGAAGAACAAGACCUUAACAGAAAACACACUGUAUGAGAAGAUUUUUGAUGACAGCUUUACAAUUGGAGGACGAGGGUUCCCUUAUCACUUGGAGGACUUUGAGGCAUACCCUUGUCUGCCUCAGCAGUCUGGCCUUCACAAAAAGCCUUGGAUGGAAGCACCAUGGUACCAAAGUGAUGCUGAUGUCUUUAACCUGUUUAAGAUACUGCGCAUGAAAAUAUUAACCAAUACUAGAAUCAAGAAACCAGUUUCCUGUAUGCUACCAGGCUUUGAGAAAAAGAUGCCUUCUGGAAAAACAAAUGUCAUUGACAAUGGUAAAGUCCAUGCUGAUUCUGCACCUCACUCUGAUAACAAGAAGAAGCCAAACCCACGAACACUCUUCCCAGAAACCUGGAUUUGGGAUUUGGUCUCUGUCGGGGAUGAUGGGCAAGCAUCUCUUCAAGUUGCUGUACCUGAUACCAUCACAGAAUGGAAUGCCAACACCUUCUGUGUUGCUGAUAUUGGCUUUGGGUUCUUUCCUCUGACCACUCUAAGGAUCUUCCAGCCUUCCUUUGUGGAUCUGUCACUGCCAUACUCUGUUAUCCAAGGAGAGACUUUCAACCUAAAAGCCACUGUUUUCAACUACCUCAAGGACUGUAUCCAGGUGCAUACCACCCUCACAGAGACCUCUGAACUAAAGGUGGAAGACUGUCCAGAAUGCCAGUACACCAGCUGCCUCUGCACCAAUGAAUCAAAAACCUUCAUGUGGAAUGUGACAGCCAUCAGUCUCGGCGAAGUGAAUGUCACCGUGAGCAGUGUGGCUGAAGAUUCACAUAAUCUCUGUGGCAACAGGAAUGCUGUGACACCUUUGCAAAGAGAGAGACACACAGUGAUAAAACCUCUGCUUGUGAAGCCAGGAGGUGUUCUACAAGAGAAGACCCAAAAUGCCUUUCUGUGUGCUUCAGAUAACACCGUAUCUGAAGAGUUCUCUCUGACUCUACCUGAAGAAGUGCUGGAGGGAUCUGGCCGAGCCACUUUUUCUGUGAUUGGGGACAUCAUGGGCCCAGCACUUCAGAAUUUAGAUCAGCUGCUAAGGAUGCCCUUUGGCUGUGGGGAACAGAACAUGGUUCAUUUUGCAACAAAUAUUGUCAUACUCCAGUACUUGAAUAAGACUGAACAGCUGGACCCAGAAAUUGAAGAUGGAGUACUGUACUUGCUGACAACAGGUUACCAGCGUCAGCUGCUCUUCAAACACGAUGAUGGCUCCUACAGUGUCUUUGGGAAAGCUGACAAUGAGAGCAACACAUGGCUGACAGCUUUCGUAGCCAGAUCCUUUGGACAAGCCAGCUCUCAUAUUUACAUCAAUAAGGAUGAUGUGCACAACACUGUGCUCUGGCUGCAGAAGCACCAGCUGCCCAGUGGCUGCUUCCAGAAUGUGGGGAAGCUCUUCAACAAUGACUUAAAGGGUGGUGUGGAUGAUACAAUCUCACUAACGGCCUAUGUCACUGCUACUCUGGUGGAGCUCCACCUGGAGAAGAACGACACUAUGCUGAAUAAUGCCUUACGUUGCCUCAAGAGUGUAAAGCUUGAUGAGACAAGCCUCUAUGUCAAGGCCUUGAUGGCUUAUGUGUUCACACUGACCAAGGACAUGGAUAUGAGACAGAAGCUCCUGGAUAUGCUAGAGAAGGAAACUGUGGAGCUCCUGACAUCACACUCCAGCAGAGAAGAAACUUCUUCUAUGAUAGAGACUGUAGCCUACAUCCUCCUGGCUCAUGUCUCCAAACCAGACUCAGCACUCAAUGAAGCCUCAGUGAGCAAGCUUGUGCACUGGCUCAGUGGACAAAGAAAUGCCUUUGGUGGAUUUGCUUCCACACAGGACACGGUUGUUAGCCUGCAGGCCCUGGCUCAGUAUGCAGCCCUGAUUCCUCAGGGGAUCAGAGAUGUGAAGGUGACAGUGAAAGGCAAGGAAGCUUCUCCACUGGAGUUCCACGUGCACAAGAACAACAAGCUGGUCCUGCAUCAGGCCCCUCUCCCUGCAGUCCCAGGGAUGUACACAGUGCAGGCGACUGGCAGUGGCUGCGUCUAUGUACAGACUGCUUUGUACUAUAACAUCCCACCACCAAAGAUAGAAGAGGCCUUUGUCCUGGAUGUGGAAACAGUGCCAAGAGAAUGUGAUGCUGUCAGGAAGCAGUUUUACAUCCAUAUGUCUGUCAGUUACAUAGGAGACCGGGAAAUCAGUAACAUGGUCCUGAUGGAGGUGGAGAUGCUAUCAGGGUUCAUUCCUCUGAAGACCUCUGUGAAAAAGCUGCAGAAGAUAUCCCUAGUGAAAAAGACAGAGUUUAAACCAGACAAAGUCAUAAUCUACUUUGAAGAGCUGGGUAAGACUCCUUUGAAACUUAACAUCACAGUAGAACAAGAUGUUGAAGUGCAGAACCUGAAAAGGGCAACAGUGAUUGUCUAUGACUACUACAAGCCAGAUGACCGCACAGCAGGAGAAUACACUUUUCCUUGCAAUUCAGGCCUACAGCCACGGCGGCGCCACGGCGGCCCCAGUCCGGCCCCGGCCACCGUCACCAGGACAACGCCCCCGCUGCUCCCCCCGCGCGUUAAAUACGCGCCUUUCUUUAGCUGCCUGCGGCGGGCAUCCUGCGACGGAUCUCCGCGGCCCGCCACGGCGGGGCUGCGUGCACAGCACCUACGUGUUUACUGGCGGGCAGGGCGCCUGCACGCUCUCCGUCGCCUUAACUUUGCUGCUGGAGUUGCCAGCGGCUUGGGACGGGGCUGCCGCCGAGCUGCCUGCCUCUACCAGACCAUCCCGUCCCGUACCCCCGCCGAGCUGCCCAGCGCCUGCGGCCCCGCCGGCCGAGUGAGGCGCUUAGUGGGGAACGGCGGGUGGCGGUGCGGGCAAAACGCGGGGAACAGGUGA